GUGUAUAUGUCAACCAAUUAUAGUUCUACCUCAACAAUGUUUUAUCUAAAAUUUAAUAAUCAUAAAAAUUUUUAUGAAAUUAAACAUUAGAGAAAAAAUUAUUAAUAUUUUACUUGUAUAAUUAAAAUUAUUUUAGUGUUCAAAUAAAUAAGAUAUAUUAUCAAAAAAUUAUAAUUACAUUGACAUAAAAAAUUAAAUAAUAAUAAUAAGUUAAUUAAAAUAAUUAUUGUGUAUAAAUAAUUAUUAAAUAGAUUAUUUUAUUGUUGGUUUUUGAGUACCAAUGACGGACGAGGAUUUAUUUUCUAACAUGAAAAGACAAAAUGUUAGAACUUUGUCAUUGGUUGUGUGUACAUUUACAUAUUUACUUAUUGGUGCAGCAGUUUUUGACGUUUUAGAGUCUGACACUGAAAGAAAACGUUGGGAAUUUUUAUCAGAAGUAAGAAGAAAUAUGAUAAGAAAAUAUAAUAUUUCACAAGAAGAUUAUAGAAUGGUUGAAAUUGUUAUUAUUGAAAAUAAACCACAUAAAGCUGGACCACAAUGGAAAUUUGCUGGUGCAUUUUAUUUUGCUACUGUUGUACUUGCAAUGAUAGGAUAUGGCCAUUCAACACCAGUAACACCAUGGGGAAAAGCAUUUUGUAUGCUUUAUGCAAUGGUUGGUAUACCACUUGGUCUUGUUAUGUUUCAAAGUAUUGGUGAAAGAUUAAAUAAAGUUGCAUCAGUUGUAAUAAGAAGAGCUAAAAAAUAUAUGAGAUGUCGUAAAACUGAAGCAACAGAAAUGAAUCUUAUGUUGGCAACUGGUUUAUUAUCAAGUAUUAUAAUAACAACUGGUGCUGCUGUAUUUUCACGUUAUGAAGGAUGGAGUUAUUUUGAUAGUUUUUAUUAUUGUUUUGUCACAUUGACAACAAUUGGAUUUGGAGAUUAUGUGGCCUUACAAAAUGAUCAAGCAUUAUCAACGAAACCUGGUUAUGUUGCAUUGAGUCUUGUAUUUAUUCUUUUUGGUCUUGCUGUUGUUGCUGCAAGUAUUAAUUUACUUGUGCUACGUUUCAUGACAAUGAAUGCUGCCGAUGUUAGACGUGAAGACAAUGAACUUCAAUCAUCAUCACAUCAUGUAUUGACACUUGAUGGUGAAGUAUUAGCUGUUAAUGGAAAAUUGCUUGCUGGUCAUGUACCAAUGAUACAUGAAUCAGAUGAUUAUGUUAGUGUUUGUUCUUGUACAUGUCUUGGUACAACAAAUACUGAAUUAUUUGAUUCAUCUGGCUAUCAAGGAUACAGACCAUCAUCAAGCACCACAAGUGUACGUAUUAAACGUGCAUCUGUUUGAUGUAAGGAUUUACGUCGUCGUAGUGAAAUUCAUCGACUUUCAUGUGUUGAUGACAGGGAAAUUCUUGGCAUUUCUAGAUAAAAAAAAAACUCAAAAUUGUCAAAUGUACCUUGCCAAUGAAUUUACCUUAUUUUUUCAUACGAUUAUUUAAUAUCUACGUAUACUAAAAAAGAAAAAAAAUAAGUGAAAGAAAAAAUUGACAAAGUGAUUGAAUCAUUUUAAGACUGAUAUAUCUCCUCCUCGAAUAAAUGUAUUUUUGUAUUGAAAAUAGUAAAAAAAAAAAAUAAGGAUAAUUUAUCAUAAUGUGUUGAAAAAUAUAUGAUAAUAUUUAUCGAUUAUAUAUUUGUUUGUGUCUAAAGUACAACGAAAUUGAACCGAUAAAAUAUUCACAGUUUUAGUCCAUAAAAAAAAUAGUAAUAAUAUAUAUUUUAACAUGCAAGUUGUAAAUAAUAUUGCUCAGUAUAUAAAUACACAAAUAAAUAUUAUAUGUUUUGCUUAAACUAAAAAAAAAAAAUAUGUAUUAAAUAAAGAAAAAAAAAGAAUAUAUAUUGUAAAA